AUGUCACAUUCAAAAUCAUCAAAAAUUGUAUCAACUUCCGCAAUUUCCAUAUCUUCAUCUUCAUCUUCAUCAUCAAUAUAUAAAGGAUUUAAAUCACGUUCUAAAGAUGUAAAGUCUAAAAUAAAAGGAUUAUUUAAUCGACAUAAUCAACAUGAAGACACUAAUUUAACUCAAGUUGUUGUUUGUGAAAGUAUUACAAAAGAUCCAAUGUUUCUUCUUUCUAAUCGUCGACAUAUGCGAAAAAUAACUUUGGAAAAUACGGAUAAUUCAUAUAUAGAUGAUAAUGCUGGUUUAGUAGCUUUAUCAUCAUCAUCAUCAGAAACAACACUUCCAUUUGAACAUCCAGCUCAAACAUUCAAUGAAUAUACACAAAAAUUAGAAGAAGCUUUAUUAUUAUUAAGAAAUAUGAAACGAGACGAAUACGAAAGUGAAACAACGCUUAAAAUUCUUCGUUUUCUUGAAAAUUUAAUUCAUCAACCAAAAGAAUGGAUUUCAGGAGCAAAAUUAAAAUUAUCGGAAAUGAAAUUUCCAGAAAUGGCGAUGACUUUAAUGAACAGUUAUAAAGAAAAAGGUUAUUUAGUAAGACGUAUAGUUUUUGUUCAUACUAUAUUACUUUAUAAUUCAAUGAUUAAUUUUACUGAUUAUGAUUUUGAUAAAGAAGGACUCAUAAGAAAACAAUCAGCUGAUGCUGGUUUUAUUGAAUUUGCUUGUGAGAUUCUUAGUGAUCCAUCAUAUAGUGAAUCAUUAAGAAAAUGUUAUAUUAUUCAUAGUCCAGAAGAAACACUGCAAAAUGAUGAUUUUCAAAAUUAUCAAAAAAUUUUAUACAUUUGUGAUUCUGCACUCACUAUUCUUUAUAAUAUAGCAAGUUUACCAGAACUUAAAAUUCAUUUUCGUGAAUGCAAAGCAAUGACUAUAAUUGCUAAUUAUACAAAAUUAUCACCAAAUACAAUUCAAUAUCAAUUUCCUGAAACAAACGAAAAUGAAAAGUAUACAUUUAUUAUAAAAGAAAUACAAAAUUUAGCUAGUGCCAUACGUGUUACAUCAUGUUUAUUAUUACCAUUAAUAAUGAACGAAGAUGAAGAUAAUUUUUUAGCUGAAAAUACAUCUGAUGUUAUUCCAAUAUUAUCUGAAAUGAUUCAAAUAUAUGAUAAACAUGAUGCAAGAUUUCAUGGAUUUUCUUUUAUUGAACUUGUUGAUGGUUUAUCUAAAUUAAUGGUUCGUGGUCGUACACAUGCAUUUAUUGAUCAAGAUCUUGUAAAUCUUCUUUUAAAUCUUCUUGAAAAUUCUUCACAAAAUAAUGAUUUACUUGAAUGUGUAUCAAAUGCAAUAUUAAAUGCUUCAUUUGAUGAAAAAGUACAACGAUUUCUUAGUUCAGAUCGUGCUAUUCAUAUAAUAACAUUUGCACAAAAUAAUAGUCGAAGUCAACUUGUUCAAAAAAAUUGUGAAGCCAUUCUAUGGACACUUAAUUGUAUUCCACAUAAAGAUUGCUCAACAAUUAGUAAUUCUAGUCAGUUUCAAGGUCAUAUUAUGAUUUCAUAUAAUCGAUCAGUAAUAGCAAUGUGUUUAAAAAUUCGAGAUCGUCUUAAAGCUUUACGUUAUAGUGUAUGGCUUGAUGUUGAUAAUUUAAAUGGUGGUGUUUUAGAAUCAAUGGCUCGAGCUGUCGAAGAUUCAUCUAUUGUAUUGAUUUGUAUGAAUGAACAAUAUAAACAAAGUUAUUAUUGUCGACUUGAAGCAGAAUAUACAACAGAAUUAAGAAAACCAUGUAUUCCGUGUUUAAUGCAACCACGAUUUCGACCAUAUGGAUGGCUUGGAAUUAUUAAAGGAGCGAAAAUUCAUGUUGAUUUUGCAACAUUACCUUUCGAAGAAGCAUUUGCAUUAUUAAUUCGUGAAAUAGAAACAAUAAGACGAGAUAUUAUGACGAAAAAUAACCAUAAUAUUACACAAGAUAAAACUAAUCAACCUUUCUAUCAUCAACAUAGUGUUGGUUUUACUUCUAUUGAUAAAAAAAAUAUUGAUAAUGAACUGAAUAGUAUAUCUCCAAGCGGAAAAGAAAACAAUGGUGCGAUGGAUUGGGAUGCAUGUGCGGUUAAACAAUGGUUAGAACGUAUUGGGUUAUUACAUUUAGAAAAUGCUUUGAUUGAUAUUGAUGGAAAAUUACUUUUUAGAUUACAUAAAAUGAAACAGUUAGCUGCAAAUUCAUAUUAUAAAUUUCUUGAUAAGCAUUUUGAUCGUAUUCAAACAGUACGAAUGAGUGAUACACUCAAGUUUGAUUAUGAACUUGAAUGUCUUUUUCAAUAG